CACUGCACAGACCCACUCAAUGUAAGAGAGACUGCACUCCAAUGUAGUCCAUCAGAAAGGGUAUCUAGCUAACGUUAGCUAUAGCCAUUUUACUUGGUGCAUUUGGUUGUAAGCCGAAGUAAAAAUAAUGGCUAAGCAGCUAGGAAAGGAUUUGGAUGGGAUCAUUGGGGUGUAUGUAGUUUUGUGUCACGAGGGUGCUUGUUGCGUUGUGUACUAAAGGUGGGGAGGUAUCACUUGGGUCUUGCUGCCGUCUGUUUACCUAGCCAACUGAAUUUGCUACACCAGCAAAGACACAUUGGGAUGUCCAUGAAGCAAGUUCAUCGGGCCUGAGCAUGGACCGCCGACAAUGCUAGUGCUACCAUGGGCAGCGUCACACUGCGCUACUUCUGCUAUGGUUGCCUCUUCACCUCUGUGACCUGGUCCGUCCUGCUCUUCCUCUACUUCAGCCUGAGCCAGGACAGCGGCCGGCCCUCCUUCAGGAAUGUGCCCAUCCAGGGGCCCCAGGCCAAACGCUUCCAAUCACGCUUCACCAGGAGCCCUGGAGGAGGCCAAGAGCAAGGCAUCAAGGCAGUCCCUGCAGCAAGGGGCAACAAAAAGGCCAAUCUCUCUCCGGAGAUGGGUAUGAUUUUUAAUGAGCAAGACCAGGAGAUUCGAGACAUGGGCUAUCACAAGCACGCUUUCAACGUACUUAUCAGCAAUCGACUGGGCUUCCACCGAGACCUCCCCGACACUAGGGACGACAGGUGCCGAGAUGGAAUCUAUCCUCUGUCCCUCCCCACGGCCAGCGUAGUGAUCUGCUUCUUCAAUGAGGCGUUCUCCGCCCUCCUGCGCACCGUGCACAGCGUCCUAGAUCGCACGCCUGCCUACCUGUUGCAUGAGAUUAUACUGGUGGAUGACAGCAGUGAACUAGCUGACCUGAAGGAAGACCUGGACAUCUAUGUCCAGCUCAACCUCCAGGGCAAGGUCAAGGUGGUCCGCAACGAGAAGAGAGAAGGACUGAUCCGAGGGAGGAUGAUAGGGGCCUCUCAUGCCACAGGGGAGGUGCUGGUGUUCCUCGACAGCCACUGCGAGGUAAACGAGGCGUGGCUAUCGCCCCUGCUGGCGCCCAUCCAGCGGGACCGCAAGACGGUGGUGUGUCCCGUCAUCGACAUAAUUAGUGCCGACACGCUGGCCUACAGCCCCUCCCCCAUCGUCCGGGGGGGCUUCAACUGGGGGCUGCACUUCAAGUGGGACCCUGUGCCCGCCUCAGAACUCAACGGCCCCAACGGAGCACUGGGCGCCAUCAGGUCCCCCACCAUGGCCGGUGGUCUGUUUGCCAUGGACAGGAAGUACUUUAACGAGCUGGGCCAAUACGACAGCGGCAUGGACAUCUGGGGUGGCGAGAACCUCGAGAUCUCCUUCCGGAUCUGGAUGUGUGGGGGCCAGCUCCUGAUCAUUCCCUGUUCGCGGGUUGGUCAUAUAUUUCGUAAACGGCGGCCCUACGGGUCACCCGGAGGUCAGGACACCAUGGCCCACAACUCCCUGCGCCUGGCCCACGUAUGGAUGGAUGAAUACAAGGAGCAGUACUUCAACCUUCGGCCGGAGCUCCGGGAACGCGCCUACGGUGACAUCAGCGAGCGGCAGGCGGUGCGCCAACGGCUGCAGUGCCACUCUUUCAAGUGGUACCUGGACACCAUCUACCCCGAGAUGCAGGUGGCCUCAACCCACAACAAGCCUCAGCAGCCUGUGUUCGUCAACAAAGGUCUCCGCAGGCCCAAAGUGCUGGAAAGAGGCCGGCUGCGGAACCUGCAGGCUGACAAGUGUCUGGUGGCUCAAGGGAGGCCAAGCCAGAAGGGGGGUGCCGUGGUGCUGAGGGCCUGUGACACACACAACCUAGAACAGGAGUGGGCCUAUGAUGAGGAGCACGAGUUGAUCCUGACUGGCCUGCUGUGUCUGGACAUGUCCGAAAUCCGCUCGUCUGACCCGCCCCGUCUCAUGAAGUGUCACGGCUCAGGAGGCUCCCAGCAGUGGACCCUGGGGAAGAGCAACCGGCUAUAUCAAGUCUCAGUGGGCCAAUGCCUGGCCGUGGUCGACACAAUCAGCCCCAGGGGAUACGUUGCCAUGGCGAUCUGUGAUGGCUCUCAGUCCCAGCAGUGGCAGUUGGAGGGCUGAUGUUGAUACCCCACGACUAGUAACGUUCCAGACAUUGACUGCCCCCCUCUGGACGGAGGGGGGAUACUGCACGCUGCUGCUGUGACAAGGAAAGAGGGAUGGAACUAAUUAUACGGACUGUGUUCUUGAAGACUUGGAGAAUGAAUGCUGUUUGUCUUCAGAACUGGUUCCAGCCUCCCUGAAGUGCACAGAGUAAGUACACUGUAGUCUCAAACGCAUCUGUAUGACUUCCCCUCUUGGAAAUUAGUACUCCAUUUUUCCCUGAGAACAAUUCCUUGUCCUAUGUUUUAGAAUGUCAUGCAAGUGAUUUAAAAAAAAAAAAAGUACAAUCAUGUUUAAAUUAAUUUUAUCCAAAUAAUAUUGCGUCCCCAAAAAGUGUUUACUAAGAACUGUGGACUACCAGUAUUAGGACCCUGGUUUUAGAGUAAUUUUAUUCUGUACUUAUUACAAUCUGUUGUUAAAGUGGAAUUGGCAGCGUUUUAACUACUUUUCAGAUAUGAAACAGACAAUCAUGACAAAUUCCUUGACGUACAGUAAGCCAUUGUUGGCAGAAUAGCUGGAUGUAAUUCACCAAUACCAGAAAUAUUGCAAAUCACAGCUGGCCUGCUACACUAUAGUUUGCUGCAUCCACCCAAUCAGGAUGCACUCUUUUAGUUUCAAUGACCCCAUACAAUCAACCUGGCAAUGAAUAAGUCAAUCAUACCAUGGCUAAUAGGCUAGCGUAUCUAUUUAUUUAGCAAGCUAAAAACAGAGCCCAACAUUGGGAAGAUGUCAUGCCAUUGGAGGAGUGACCCAUUGUUGCUAUGUUUGCAGUUUUUGGGCUAAGUUGCACUGCGACUGCCAUGGCUUUUCUUCUGAGACCUGCUGCUGACUCAGGCAGUGAGGCAGGCUGUUGCUGAGUGAGUGGUGGGGAGCACCAGAGGAGUGUGUGUGUUGAGAGCACUGAAGUUAUUGGCUGAGUCACAUGAGCAAGAGGAGAGCGAGCAGCAUGUGCGCUCGUUGUGGCAACUUUUUACCAGUUGUAGGUAGGCUUGUCAUUAUGGAACACCUUUUUCCAUAAAACAUUAAUGCGCUAGAACUGAUGCAAAUCAAGAAAUAAUGACACAAAGCACUGGAAAAAGACUGGGCGCAUUAUAUAUAUUCGCUCCAAGGUGGUUUAAACUGCAUUCCAAUGUUGACUGCUUAAAGACAACGGUAUCAAGCUCAGUUCUUGGGUAUCCGGGGCUGCCCGGGUGGAAAUUAUGGAACUCCCUCACGUGGUUAUUUUUAUGGGGGAAAGUUCAAUCAAAUUGACAAGCAUUAUACAUUUGCUUCUGUUGGAGUGCCUGGACACAGCCGUGGAAUAUUGGCCAUAUAUCACAAACCCCAGAGGAGCCUUAUUGCUAUUAUAAACUGGUUAUCAACAUAACGUUUAUUUUUACUGUUAUAAUUAUGUCAAACCCGUAGUAUUCAAUCUGAUAUACCAUGGCUUUCAGCCAAUCAGAAUUCAGGGCUCAAACCACCCAGUUUAUAAUUACAAUUAGAAACAUGGUUUAAGCCGUGGUAUAUCAGACCAUAUACCACGGGUAAGACAAAACAUUGGUGGGUAUAUAGCGGCUCCGCGUUGCGUCUUGCAUAAGAACAGCCAUUAGCCCUAGUAUAUUGGCCAUAUACCAUACCCCCUUGUGCCUAAUCCCAGCUGUCAAACGAGUUAAAUUGAUCAAUUCUGGCAAGUUUAAGGGCAAAUUCUUUUCUUGCCACAUAAAAUGUUUUUUCUAACAUCAUUAGAAUUUACUAUUAUAUUCCUUCCUAAUUGGCUCAAUAACAAUAUGGAAAAAUGGUUAAUUCCUUAGAUAUGGCAACUUCUCUCUUGCUGAAAAAAGGGUUUUGAGAGGUCAUUGGGCUAGAAUUUUUUUCGUGACCUUUUUCUUUGUGGCUAGGGAUGCAGGUGUCAUUUGGUAACCAAGCAUGAAAUGUGAAUCGCUUCGAGUUAGCUUGGCUGAGCUUGAACGGCUCCAGUUAGCAUAUCUCUUGCGUUUGUAAAUUCGCUCUGGCUAUCUACUCUUGUCUGAGUGUGCCAUAGCGCAGAACACUGAGGAAUUUGAAUGAGCAGUCAGUAAAAAAGUCAGCAACAUGAAAACAGCAUACAGCAAUUUACUCUGCUAGGGCGAGUAAAUUGUCAGAGUGGUGUCUGGAAGCUAGCCAACUUUAGCCAGUUAGCUUGGGUGCCGUUGUGAGGUCAGAAGCAUCGGAUCAACCCUACUCCUCGUCCGGAAUGCCCAGAUCUCACUCAAACACACCCCUUGUUAAUGUGCAUAACUGAGUGAGAGAGAGCCUACCUUUUCAUUAUUGUUUGAUCAAUAGGACUGUGAAGUUCCCAAAUGUAACAGGACUCCCAUGGUAUUUUAGUGCCUUCGGAAAGUAUUCAGACCCCCGACUUCUCCCACAUUCUGUUACACUACAGCCUUAAUCUAAUCCUCAAUCUACACACACUACCCCAAAGCGAAAACGAGUUGACAUUUUUGCUAAUUUAUUAAAAACAACCUUACUUGCAUAAGUAUUCAGACCCUUCGCUAU